AUGGAUACUACUACGAAGAAAAAAGAGAAGAAGAAGGAGGUUAUUCGAUUGGAACGUGAAUCGGUUAUUCCAGUACUCAAAUCCAGGUUGAUCAUGACAUUGGCAAAUUUAAUUGAGAAUGAUUCUGAUCGCGAUGAAUUUCUCAAGCUAUGCAAGAGAGUUCAAUACACAAUUCGCGCGUGGUACAAUAUUCAAUUCGAAGAUCUCAUGGGAUUAUACGCCUUAUUUGACCCCGUCCACGGGGCACAAUGUCUCGAGCAACAAAAAUUAAACGACAAUGACAUAGAUGAGCUGGAACAAAAUUUCUUAAAAUACUUAUUCCAAGUCAUGGAUAAGAGUAAUUUCAAAAUCGCGAGUGAUGAAGAACUAGAGAUUGCGAAUUCAGGGCAGUACCUAUUGAACCUUCCAAUAACAGUGGAUGAAUCAAAACUCGAUACUAAGCUUUUGUCCAAAUACUUGGCGUGCAAUCCACGGGAUGAAAAACUCCCUGAGUUUGCUGACAAGUAUGUCAUUUUUCGACGUGGCAUUGGCAUUGACAGGACGACUGAUUGGUUCAUCAUGGAGAAAAUUGACAUGAUUAUCGCGCGUACAUGGAAAUGGCUUAUGAAAAAGACGGGAGGGGACAAAUUUUUCGGGAAAAAGAUAUACAAACGUAAUAAAAAACCACGAAAGAAACGAAUUCCAUCAGAGGAGGAACAAGAUUUCUACGUUGAACGAAUUCGUAUACAAAACAUGGAACUUACCGUGCCUAAUGUCCUUAGUAAGAUCACGAUUCAAGAACCAACGUUCGAGAGGAUCAUCGUUAUUUAUAGACGUUCUAGUGAGGAGGACGAAAAACCAGACAGGGGAAUUUAUGUGAAACAUUUGAAAAACAUUCCAAUGGCUGAUUUAGAAAUUGUACUACCUGAGAAAAAAAAUCCAAGUUUAACACCUAUGGAUUGGGUACAAUUUAUUGUGUCAGCAGUAGUUGGUCUUUUCGCGGUUGUGACAUCACUUGACAUGCCACAAGCUGACCCAUGGGUCCUCUUCGCGAUCCUCUCCACAGUGAUUGGUUAUUGCGCGAAAAUAUACUUUACAUUUCAGCAGAAUAUGGCUCAAUACCAAAAUUUAAUCACUCAAUCGAUGUACGAUAAACAAUUGGACAGUGGAAGGGGUACCUUACUUCAUUUAUGUGACGAUGUUAUACAACAAGAGGUUAAAGAAGUUAUAAUUUCGUAUUUUAUACUGAUGGAACAAGGUAAAGCAACUUUAUUAGAUCUCGAUACGCGAUGUGAGGAGUUAAUCAAAGAAAGAUUUGCAAUAAGUUGCAAUUUUGAUGUAGAUGAUGCAGUGCAAAAGCUAGAGAAAUUAGGAAUUGUUUCUAAGGAUGAAAUUGGAAGGUAUUUUUGUAUUGGUCUUAAAAGGGCUAAUGAAAUUAUUGGAACAACUACAGAGGAACUGGUUCUUAAAGCAAAACAACGUCAGCCUCCCAUUACUUCCUGA